CGGCUCGCGGCCAUUUCUGUUCCGCCCGCCGGUAGAUGUAGUCGUCUCAGUCCGCGCGUCUUCCCUCUUCCCCUCUCGCAGGGUGUGCAGCCACCAUGGCGUUUUAGAGGCAGCAGUGCCUGCGGCAGCAUUGGCCUUUGCAGCGGCGGCAGCAGCACCAGGCUCUGCAGCGGCACCCCCCAGCGGCUUAAGCCAUGGCGCUUCUCACGGCAUCCAGCAGCAGCGUUGCUGUAACCGACAAAGACAUCUUCGAAUUUAGCACCUUCCUCGAAUCCAGCAAAGCCCCGCACCAUGAGCGAGAUGAGCUUCCUGAGCAGCGAGGUGUUGGCGGGGGACUUGAUGUCCCCCUUCGACCAGUCGGGUUUGGGGGCUGAAGAAAGCCUAGGCCUCUUAGAUGACUACCUGGAGGUGGCCAAGCACUUUAAACCUCAUGGGUUCUCCGGUGACAAGGCUAAGGCGGGCUCCUCCGAAUGGCUGGCUGUGGAUGGGUUGGUCAAUGCCUCAGAUACCGGCAAGGAGGAUGCCUUCUCCGGGACAGAUUGGAUGUUGGAGAAAAUGGAUCUGAAGGAGUUUGACUUCGAUGCCCUGUUUCGUUUGGAUGACCUAGAAACCAUGCCAGAUGAGCUGUUGGCCACGUUGGAUGACACGUGUGAUCUCUUUACCCCAGUAGUCCAAGAGACUAACAAGGAGCCCCCCCAGACAGUGAACCCAAUUGGCCAUCUCCCAGAGUGUUUAACAAAAACCGAUCAGGUUGCCCCUUUCACCUUCUUACAACCUCUUCCCCCAGGGGUCCUCUCUUCCACUCCAGACCAUUCCUUUAGUUUAGAGUUAGGGAGUGAAGUGGAUAUCUCUGAAGGAGAUAGGAAGCCCGACUCUACUGCUUACAUUACCAUGAUCCCCCAGUGUGUAAAGGAGGAAGACAACCCCUCAGAUAAUGACAGUGGCAUCUGUAUGAGCCCGGAGUCAUAUCCAGGCUCUCCCCAGCACAGCCCCUCCACCUCUAGGGGGUCUCCAAAUAGGAGCUUGCCAUCUGCAGGUGUCCCCCGUGGGUCUACCCGCCCCAAACCUUAUGAUCCUCCUGGAGAAAUAGCAAAAAUGAAGGCUGAGAAGCUGGAUAAGAAACUGAAGAAAAUGGAGCAGAACAAGACAGCAGCCACCAGGUACCGUCAGAAAAAAAGGGCAGAGCAGGAGGCCCUCACUGGUGAAUGUAAAGAGCUAGAAAAGAAGAAUGAGGUUCUGAAAGAGAAGGCAGAUGCUCUGGCCAAGGAGAUCCAGUAUCUGAAAGAUUUGAUAGAAGAGGUCCGCAAAGCAAGGGGGAAAAAGAAGGUCCCCUAAUAGGAUAGUCAGUGCUGUGUGCUUGUACAUAGGAGUUUUUGCGCUGAAGCUGUUGUAAUAAAUUAUUUUGUAGUGAAAGUA